AUGGAUUCAAACAGAGGAAAAGAAAUAUCAGAAGAUUGGAAUCCAACAUGUGAAUAUGAGUGGCUGUCUUCGGUAUUUAAACCAGUGAAGGCAAUGACUUUGAACUCUGACGAAUGUGAUAUGGCAUCUUAUUUGUUUGGCCGUUCAACUGAUGAGUUAGUCUUGAUUGUCUCAGACAUACCAUACUGUGAAGGAACAAGAGAGGUUCUACAGUGUCUGAAGCCUAGAGAAAUGCUUGACCAAGACGUAAUAAAUCUAGCUGUGUGUAUGUUGACUUAUCAAGCAAAGAAUGAAAUGACAAAAAGAGGAAUUUGGUUUUUGCCGACCAUUUUCUCGCAAUAUGUGCUGGCAUGGAAGGCACAAACACAGGACAUGUUGAAAAAAUACCAUAACAAGUUUAUGGGGACCUUCGAUAAGAUUUCAAAGAUAUUUUUACCAGUGCAUGAUUCUGAAUGCUCACAUUGGUUCCUGCUUGUGAUCGACUUUGACAAAAAGGAGUUAAUUUAUCUUGACUCACUUCCAAGUCAUUCAGCCCGUGCUGACAGGAUGCGAAGCAUUAAGAAACUGGCUUUGUAUAUGGAAGAGUUCCUCAUGGACUCCUCUUUUUAUAUGACUUGGACAAGAAAUAAAUCGAACAUAUCCGAAUUUAGCCUAGUCACUCCGAAUAAUUUGGGAAUGCAAGCAACUAACUCGAAUGAUUGUGGAAUAUGGGUCAUAAAGUGGAUGAUUGAAAAAGGCACAAAUGAGUAUCAGAUUUAUGUAGAUGAAGGUACAAGACUCAGGAUAGCAUUGGAUUUGAUAUUGGAUCCUUCAAACUUAUUGAAUGAGACAACUUUGGCCGUUGCAAAACAGUCAAGGAGGGUCGAACAAAUCAACUGAGUCACUUGUAGUUGUUGAAUUCAACUUUAUUUGUUUUUUUAGUGUGGUACUAGGAUUUUAUUUGUUUUCUACAACUCUGUAUAGUUGACUAGUUUCUAUUUCGACUUUGCUUUCGUCUUAUUUUUGACAGCUUAUUAAUGUCAAAUCUCCUUUUUUUAUUAUUAAGUAAUUCGUUGGUUCUGA